AUGAGUACAUCAGAGCAGAAGAAGAUAUUUGUUACCAGGAGAAUACCCCCAGAAGGCCAGAAACUCCUGUCUCAGGCUGACAGGUAGGGACCACUGGCUGUAUGUGGUCACGAAGUCAGUCCUCUGAGGAAAGGUUUUGGCAGCACUGGACCUAGAUCUGACAGGGUUGCCAUAUACAUUAUGACGUCUUGCACAAAUGAGAAGUGAUAUCCUUCAGUAUGUAGUACAGGUUGGGUUUUUUGUUUUUAGAUAAAAGCAUAAUUUGUCCUCCAUGCUACUUUUUUCUAUUAAAGUGAAACUUGAUACACUUUUGAUUCUAAGGCCAGUACUGCUCAAUGGAAAGCAGUGAUUACUUGAAUCUUUCCAGUUUGGUUACUUUAACAUUCCUGUUGAAUUCUUGGUUUAGUGAAUAACCCUGUAAAUGGCAGAGAAUUAAGCAGUGACACUACAGGCAUAUGAUCUAAACCCCUCCCAACUCCUCCUAUUUUGGACCAAAAUCUAGCACUUUUUUCGAUGAUGAGUGGAUGACUUGGCUCCACCACAAUACUUACAGUAAUGUCUUUAACCGCAAUACAUGUGUCUAGAAAGCAGUCCAAGAUGCACGAUUUUUAUUUUAAAUUACAUUUUAGCUGCAUAAAUGUUUCUGAUAACAGUCCUGAACAAGCCUCCAAAAUGAGUGUCCCUGUCUGGAAUGUUGGCAUUUAUGUACUACAUUCUGCACCAAAACCACUUUAGCCUAAUGAAGAGAAUCAACUUGAGUAAUGUGUCAAGAAAAAAAACAUAUUUGGGCAAACCUUGGAAUAUCAGAGUUGGUGUAUGUACACUGGCUCUGCUUAACUCAUUGUACCUUCCCCUCCACCCCAACAUAUUACAUUUUAAAUAUACUGUUUUGUUUUUAAUGCCACAUUUAUUUCUCAGAAUUAUUGUACUGACCUUUCUGCUGUAAUUUAAUAUCUUUAAAUGAGUAUAUUUGAAAAAUAAUUUUUUUAAAUGCAGAAUAUUGACAGGAGUGGAGUAGAGGCCCUGCUCAAAUGAGCUUACAAUUUAAGAUAAAAGCAGCAAGAUGCCUUAAAUUAAGAGCUAAACAGUGGGCCUUAUUUGAAAGAUCUGUCUGCAGACUGUUUUAUUUUUGUUUUCUCACUUCCCAAUUCUAGCUACAAUGUCAAGCAGUGGGAUUCAGACGAGCCAAUACCAAGGGAUGAGCUGAUUAAAGGAGUUGUUGGGGCUCAUGGAUUACUUUGUCUCUUGUCAGACAAGAUUGACCAAGAAGUCUUGGAUGCUGCUGGUAUGGAGAUCUCCUGCAUGAUCCAAUGGAGCAAAUGUUAUUUGACUGGUGUCAUGAUGGCCUUUCUCAUACAAGUUGCUAUCACUUGUCUACAGCAGCAUUUUCAUGGCAAUGUAAACAAAACAUAUGUACAUAGCUUUUAAUGGAUUGUAGGAACACUCCAAACACCAUAACUACAGCAGUUGUCUGAGCUAACCCUGCACUGCAGCAUUUAGUUUAGGAGAGCUAAGGGAAGUUCCAGAUCACUGUAAGAUGUGAAAGGAGCAGCACUUGGUGGACAUGAGGUAAAUUAAACUGUUCUAAAACAGCUUAACAAUGUGGAUAUAGCAGGCCACUUCCUUAAAGAAUACAGGAACAAGUGUUGGCACUGCUUAAAUUGAUGGUCUAAAUGAAGUGGGCUAAAACUACAGAAACUAACAUGUAAUCAUCUUAUGAGUUGUGAUUCACAAUUUCAUUUUAAAUGAAAGGACACUGAGCUAGCCUCACUCUUUAAUACAAAAUAUAUAAAUGGAGGAGUGACAGAUGUUGGUCCCCUCUGAUUCAGUAUUCACAAUGUAUAAAGGGGAGGCAUUAAGUUGGCUGUAUGUCUUUGGUUUUUUGUGACCUUGUGUAGGUCUUCAUGGGUGAAAGCCAGGGUUUUAGACUGGCCUAAUGACAAAGCUCCCUUAAACUCUAUGAAUGUUUCUACCAGACAUUUCUUAACUUCAUAAUGUGUGUGCAACUGUUGUGGACAAUAUGGGGAAUUGUAUGACCUUAAUUUCUCUCUUGCUAUUGACAGGCCCUAACCUCAAAGUUGUGAGCACGCUGUCUGUUGGCUUUGACCACUUGUGUGUUGAAGAAAUAAAAAAGCGGUAUGUUUUCUCUAUAAGGGGCAUUAUUUGCAAAUUAAAAGAAUCUUACUCCAACGUAUUGAUAACUUGGCCAUACAACUUAAAACUUUCUAUAUAUGCCUAUCUACAUAGUUUCAUAGGAAUAAUGCACAUGUAGAACUUGUCUGAUCACAAAAUAUGAGCGCUCUGAACAGUCUGCACUAAUGGGGAAGUUUAGAUAGUGUUUUUUUUGUGUUUUUUUUUUUGUUUUUCAUCCCUUGCAUGCUCUGAGCCAUCUAAAAGAUUCUUUAUAGCAUGAGGUUGUGCUGAGCACUGCCAGGGAGCAUCAUCUGGUGCUGAUUAAGGAUUUUUUUUAUUGAAGAUGUUGGGGUGGCAUAUGGAAUAAUACAAAAUUGUAGAAACAUUUUAAGACCAGUGUUAUUUCAAAUUUAACCCCUUAAGGACAAGACUUCUGGAAUAAAAGGGAAUCAUGACAUGUCACACAUCAUGUGUCCUUAAGGGGUUUCAGGAACACAAUCAUGGAUUCCUGAUCCUAUAGUGUUUAAACUUAGUCUGGUCCCCACUGCCCUCCUAAAUAUAGCAUAAUCCUGCCCUUAUUCCAGUCUGCUGCUGCCUCUGCCUCAUUGGUUGACAGAAGUGGUGGUGGUCUGAACGAACCACACUUAUCCAGAGGAUUAGCUGAGAUGAUCAGGGGCAGAGCCAGCACAGGUCAAACACAGGCCUGGCCAAUCUGCAUCUCUUAAUUGAUGAAUUAAAUCAAUGCACAUCUUAUGAGGAACGUUUAGUGUCUGCAUGCAGAGGGAGAUGACAGUGCGGCUCAAUGUGCAGCACUGCCCAGGAAGCACCUCUGGCAGCCAUCUGAGGAGUGGCCAGUGCAGUUAUCACUAGGCUGUAAUGUAAACACUGCAAGUGCAUUUCCUCUGAAAAUAGUGUUUACAGCAAAAAGCCUGAGGGUAAUGAUUCCUCUCACCAGAACAAAUUCAAUAAGCUGUAGUUGUUUUGGUUGUCACUAUAUAGGUUUCCCUUGAGGCCAAAAUAACCAAACUAGAGACUCUCUAAGUUGGCUAUACAUUCAUGUUUGCUACUCUUGCCUUCAAUGUGAAACCAACUAUUACAUGCAGUGCCAAUUACUAAACUGAGAAUUCAGAGCAUGAAAUGGUGGAUAGAGGAGAAAGCUUAAUGGGUUAAGUACAGAAGAGGACAAACCUUUUUGUCUUUUAUGUAAUCCUAGAUACUGCUGAAUGAAAAAUCUUUUUGGAGAUAAUAUGGAUACCUUUGUUAUUACAAGCAUCAACUGAGUAUUGACUCCAUAAAGCUGAAUGGACCAUAAUGUGGUGUCUAAAACAUAAUGUAACUCUAUUUUUGUAUUAAGUCUGGCAGGAAACACUAACUCUUAUUGGGCAGCAUAGCAUACCCUUGGUUACUGCAUGUCAAACUUAAAGGACCACUAUAGGCACCCAGACCACUUCAGCUUAAUGAAGUGGUCUGGGUGCCAGGUCCAUCUAAGGUUAACCCUGCCUGAUGUAAAUAUAGCAGUUUCAGAGAAACUGCUAUGUUAACCUAUGGGUUAAUCCAGCCACGAGAGGCGCUUUUCACGGAGAAGACGCCAGCGUCCAUAGGAAAGCAUAGAGAAUGCUUUCCUAUGAGACUGGCUGCGCGCAUUCAGCCAGGGAUGUCAGAAGAGGGAGGAGGGAGCCCGGCACUGGAAAAAAGGGAUAAACCCCUUCCUCCCCUUCAGAGCCAUGGGAGUGGGGGCACCCUCAGGGUACGAUAGUACUAUAGUGGUCCUUUAAAUCCAGCAUCAAACUCUGAUAGGGGUUUUUUGAAAGAAAUUCCUUAGUACAGAAAUAUACCUUGUAUGUAUAACAUUUACACAGACAAUACAUGUAAGUGAUGUGAUUCAAUCAGACAGUGUUAAACAUUCUGCAUGAUACUAGACUGGUGUAGGCAAAUGUGACAUUGGGUUCAGUGUAAACAGCUUUUUAUAUUAUGCGGUUUUUAUACAACUCAUGCAGGAUUCUUCAAACUUAAGGUUAAACUACUCCACAAAAGGCAUGGCUGAUGUGGAGAACUCUACCAAUUCUGAAUUUGACAGUUCUUUGGUCAUUACAAUUGACACUUAUCAGGCUUGAUCAAUAAAGUAAAUGUGUUUCUGCUCAGACCUCAAACAAACAUGUGGUGCUCAUGUCAAUGGCAUAGAACAAAGUGACCUUUAUUUUGUAGAGGAAUCCGUGUGAGCAACACACCAAAUGUUUCGACUGAAGCUACAGCAGAGCUUACUGUAGCAUUGCUGUUGACUACUUGCCGUCGCCUUCCAGAAGCAAUAGAAGAGGUUAAAAAGUGAGUAAUCAAAUUUGGAACAUGUAAAUGGAACUCCUGAUUAUGCAUUAAAGUAGUAAAUCUUAAGUACUGUUAUGAACGUGAUGCUUUUGUCAAGUUAGUCUUCCCACAUUGACUCUGCCUAAUACACACUACAUAACACGUGUAUAAUUAGAUGGCUUAAUACAUACAGCAAACAGCCCACCCUUGUCCCUUAUGUACUCAAGUGGGGGCACUGAAAGCAACUCAUUUCAUAAUGGUACCUCCUUUCUUGCAAGAAAGAUCUACUGUGGCAACGUUAAGUAUGCAAUACUUAAUUAAGUGCAACUCACACUGGAGGUUUUAAGUUUAGUGGAAUCCUAGAAUGACUUCCUGAAUCAGGAAGAUGUACCUUAGCAGAAUAUAAACGAGUUACAUAUAGCUCAAUUUGGAGUUGAAACUAAUUUCACUGACAAUUGUAUCAAAACUAGAUUGUUGUAGAAAAAUAAUUCUAGCCAUGCAUACUUUAGACAAACCCUACCCCUACUAGGAUUAUUGGCUCAAUGUAUAGAAUUGACACUAGCUCGUCUGGAACUUUUGUUCUAGACUGGUAACAACAUCCCAAUGAUGUCGGUAAAUCUGACCUGAGGGUUAAACUUCAGUAUGUGCAGCAUCUUACUAUGAAACAGACUUCUAGACUGACUACUUCAGAUUAGUAAAGGGGUUAUGGUGCUUGGUGUAAUCUCCACUUCCCUAAACAGAUUGUGGUUCACAUCCUGGCAAGUAGAAUAAAACAAGUUUCAUCACAAAGAGGUGCAAUGUGAUUUGGCUUUAUGGAGCCUUAAUCACGCUUUUUUUUAUAUUUAUAGAGUGCCAUCAAAUUCUGCAGCGCUUUAGUUGUAACCAGACAAGUUGGACACACAGGAACAGAGGGGUUGAGGGCCCAGCUCAAUGAGCUUACAUGCUAGAGGGAGUGGGGUAAAAUGACACAAAAAGGUAAGGAUAGUAUUAGACUAGUGACAGUUGCAGAAGAGGAAUCAGUCAGGAGCUAUUAACAGUUUUAUGAAGUGGGUUUUUACACUUUUUUUUUUUUGGGAGUCUGGGUGAGCAUCUAACAGAGGAGGGAUUUGAGGCUUUCCCUCUAAUAAACUAUUCAUCCCUAGCCUUGGAGUGUUGCAUGUAGUUUUUGUUCUACUUACUAGAUUUGGGCAGAUAGUGGUGUCUGCCAUAUUCCUAGAGCACCUCUUGGGUGGAUGGCGAGUACAUUGUGGAACCUGAGUGCAGUGUAAACUCUCGUGUGGUUCACAGCAGGUCUAGUUUGCUUUGUACACAUUAUUUCUCAUAACUAUCUUAUAUAACAAAUAUUUGUUCACUAUGGCUGCUCACAACUUAAAACUGAUGCACUGGUCUCUCUAAUGCAUUGUAGAAAAUGCUCAUGUAUACAAAGAAUCUCGUCCAUAACAAUGACUGACUUCAAUUGACUUUUGUUUUUAAAGUGGAGGAUGGAAAACGUGGUCCCCAAUGUGGCUGUGUGGAGCAGGCCUUUCUAACAGCACUGUAGGAAUCAUCGGCUUGGGCAGAAUUGGUAAACAUAGUUGCUAUUUUGAUGGGUAGAUCUGUUCUAACAAACUGUACAUCUCAAGUAACUUGUCUAUAUCAAUACAGUGACCACAAACACUGGCAGUCUAGAUGUGUUGCCUUUAGUGCUCAGCUUUUUAUGAAAGUUCAUGUAAUGUAUAUUGGCCCAAGCUUAUUCUGGAAAAUAAAUGCUGCUACUUUAAAACAUCCUUUCACAAACUAAUCAAACAAGAUCCAUAUCUCGGUGAUAACGGGGUCCUAGUACUAUUAAAAUAGGGAAGGGAGCAGAGCGCACAGCCAUACUAGCAAGACUCGCAUCACUGCAGCUCAGAGCAAAACGGCACCACAAAGACAAACAAAUCACCACUAAAAAAAACAGAACCCUCCACAGCCACAGUAAAAAUAAGAAAAGCAAGCCAGACCGACCUCCAUUCGGGUCUCAAAGCGCAUGAGACCCGCAUUGCGACCCUGGAGCAGUCUUUAGCCAAACUCAACAAGCCCGCUCCGAUGAACACAUGGCAGCUCUCGAGGACCAGCAGAGAUUGAAGAAUAUCAAGGUCUGCGGCCUUCCUGAUACCAUGGAGAUGGCAGAGUUCCUGCACUUCAUCCGCCAACUGCUUACCAAGCUCUUCGCUGCCAAACAAGCAAGGCUGACACUAGACGGAUGGCACCAUAUAACUGGACCCGCUACAAGAAUACGACCAAACCAACAUAAUCCUCCAGUUUAAACAGGGGCAAGAUCUCACAGCCUUUAUGGUAGCAGUCCAACACAUUACGAUUCAAGGAUCAUGAUCUCUCUGCCUGGAUUUAUCUAAGGCCACGUGGAAUGGCAAAGAUCCCUGUGUCCACUAACUCAGGCACUAGCGGCAAGCAAAAGCCAUACAAAUGGGGUACACCUUGCUGCCUACUCACUACCCAGCAAAUGGGAACGGUGAAAGUCCGGGAGGCCUCUGAAAUACCGAGCAUCCUGCUCCAACUGGGAGUAACAGCCACUGAGACUGCAACCCAGUCGACAUGACAUCCUGGGACCCAGAGAGGGUCACUCCAUUAAUACCAGCAGCCCAAAGAGGGAGUCCUGCAACAAGCUGAAGACCUCCCAGCAGUUCACAAACUGCACCGGACUUAACAGUUUUUGUUUUAUGUUUCUAGUUAUGACCUAUUGCUCCGAGCAAGUGAAUGGGCUUUAACAAUGCCUGACAGGCACCCUUCACAGUUACAAAUGCAAAUAUCUCCAAUUCCCCUACCCUCCCGCCCCCCACUGUCCCACAAUAAGAUACUGCAUAUAUAUUUUUUUAUAGCUCCCAUAAUCCUCUCCUGCAAUUAAGUUUGUCAAAUGUUGGUCUGAAUAUAGUAUCUAAUGUUGCAUCCUAUGGAGCACUGCAUAAUGUCAAAAUAAAACUUUAAUAUGGACAGCUGCAAUGUUUGCUAUAGCUAUAUAAAUGUAAUACUAUUCUGUAAACUGCAUUUUUAACUUGUAGUUUUUUUUUUUUCCUAUAGGAUUAGCUGUAGCACGUCGCCUUGUCCCAUUUGGUGUGAAAAGGUUUCUAUACACAGAUUUCCAGGAAAUACCGGACAAUGCCAAGGAGAUAAAUGCUGAAUAUGGUAAGCAUAAUGCUAUAAUCUUACAUGGGGAGGAGUAUUAUGGGAUCACAACCAUAGUGGGCUCUAGUUAUGAUGAUUGGGCUUAGGUCCCCUGGAUGCCAUUCUGUAGUAACUAGUCAGAAUAUCUUUGUAGUUUGCUACUUAUCUGGAUCAUGCUGCUUCCCGUCUUCACAAUACGAGAAGCAUUUCUCAUUCUGAUUUAGCAAUAUCUCGGCUGAGUGCCAAAUUUGAUUAUAUGGGGGUUAUCUUUACCCCUAAAUCGAAGUCCCUGCUAUGUGCUGGGCAAAGAAUGAUCAAUCCUCUGGGUUCUUUCUGACUAGUAGGUAUAUUAUGGCAAGUGAGGUUGGUUUGCAUAUAUGAGCCUUAUUGUCUCCUUUCAAUUGGUCAAGUCAAAAUGAUUGUUUAAUCCUACUAGAAUUUGGCUUUAAAAAGAGUACUUCAAACUAUCCCUUUAAACAAAUCAGCAUGCAUACUGUUUCUGUGUGCUUUCUUGCAAAUUCUAAUUUAAACCAAUGGGAGGCCUUGAAUUGGCUAUGUCUGUGCACAUAAAUGGGAUCAAAUAUAUCCACUGCCUGACAUUCCUCAGUGCUGUUUGAAAGCUGCAAGACGACCUUGACUAAACAGUCGUGAGUGGGGAUACUUGCAGGUAAACAAUUUGAAGUUAAGAGAAUUUCAAAUUUCAUGUCAAACUAGCUAAAAUGGAAACUGACUUGGAGAUUUUUGAAGUCCAGAAAUGUUGUCCAUCAAUCCUAAACUCACUUCAUAUUACUGACCGCUCUAACUGAAAUAAUUCUCACCUUGCAAAGUUCUUCAAUAACAGAUGUUUUCUCCUGACUUCACCAUUGACUAUUAAAUCAAUGCUAUUUUUAAGGAUGGCUACUAUCCCGUCUAUUCCCAAUGAUCAUGUAGCAUGUUUUACUGUGGCAAUGACUGUAUAGGUGGAAUUAGAAGCAUUGUCAUUUUUGACUCCUUGAAAUAUGUAAUGUUUGUGUCCAGUGUUGAAAAAUCAAAACUGAACAGUCUUCUCCAAUGCUCAGUAACCCUCUGCAGAUGAGAUGCGUGUAUAGCUAUUCUUUCCUUAUCUGGCUUACUGUAACCCAACAUUAAUUUACAUUGCUCUUUGUAAGGCAAUAUUCCAGUGGCAAUAACUGUUCAGUAUUGGACAACUAGCUAGAGAUGCCUGCAUUCUUUGAGUAGGUACUGCUUUAACUGAUUCUCCAAAUGGCUGAUAGAUUUUGGGUUUGUUCUUCCCAUCUUUAGUCUCUAAUGAUAAGAUUGCAGAAGAUUCAGACUUUGUCAUUGUGAAUUGCUGCCUUACCCCUGAGACUGAAGGGCUCUGCAAUAAAGACUUCUUUCGGAGAAUGAAAAAGACAGCUAUACUCAUCAACACAAGUCGGUAAGUCUUUGCUCAAACUAAAUAUUGAAACACUAUGGGGUUGAGGAUUUUUCCUUUUUCUAUUCUCUGGCCCUUCUGUAGUAGUAAGUCUAUUUUAGUCUCCUUGUCAGGGGAAAUGUCUUGUAUAGACAUCCCAGACUGGCAUGGCUUCAUAACCUCUUUUCCAGUACUAUGAAGCUUCUAUUGGGUACUUGUGGCUUUGUAAACUGCAUUGUAGAGAUUAUUGUAUCUUUGCCCAUGGUGUAUGCUCAUCUAAUAAAAAGGCAAAUAAUGGACUGGUCUUCACUUGUGACUUUGCAGGAUAACAUGGGCAGUUAAAACUAGUUCAUUUGUUGGAUUUAAUGCAUAAUGGUGAUGGCACCUGCAUGAAUGGGCAAACUUGCCAUAAAAACUAGGAUCAGUAGUCUAGUUACAAAUUGCAAAAAAUACACCAUUUAAAUGACCACAAACGAAGUACAGAAACCAUCUAGUGAUUGGUGAAGGUAGAUGACACGGUCCAUGGUUUUGGUAAAGAGAUUUCAAUAAUAACAAAGAAAACUGAUCUAUCAGUACCAUUUCAGAUGGAAGAUAAAAGGUUGAGGGAAUGUUGGUAAAAAGCACUUGCAACAGUCACAGCCAAAGUCCUGAAAUCCACAUGUUGAUUACGUUGAAGCUGUCAGACCAAAUCUCUUAUAAAUGUUUGGGCUCCAGGCAAUUCUACAGCUGUCUGUGAGACCAAGUCAGAUGUUAUGAGUACUGGAUAGAUUGCACUCUAAUAGGUAGCUAUUAGAUGAGCCACAUCAGUCUUUCUAAAGAGAACUGCUCAAAAUGGCCAAUAUGUGUUUCAGUUCUUCUAGUAGGUGUAGCUAACCAGACUUGACACAAAAGGAGGGGAGCAAAAUCUCUUGGCUUUAACCUCUCCCUCCUCCCCAUCAAAUGAACACUGUAAGGAUAAAAUAAAGCACUUCUACCCAAAAUCUAUGCCUUGCCAAGUGGUUACCAGGUGUUCCUACCAAGUAAUCAAUUGUAAAGAUACCUUAUUUAUCCACCAGUUAUACAGACUUCUAGUUUAUGGUACUAUGUAGUUGCAUGUUUAAAUAUGUAACACUUUAAUUGGUUAAUUUUUCUAUGCUUGGAAUAAACAGAUAUUUUAGUCCAAAUAAACUUGCCAAUCAACAUCUUGCUGUGCUUGAGUUGUGACUAGCAUGUUGGAUGUCUGUGGGAACAUUUAGAUGUAGCUUUAGGGACCUCUAAGGUUUUUUUUUUGCAAGCUUAAUUUUCCAUUUUUAAAUGUUAGCUGUGUUUUUGUUCUGUUAUUUAGAAAGUUAUCGCCUGCAGCAUUGGUAGGAGUCUGACAACUGACCCUUCUGUUUACCCCAUGACCUUUUACUAUGGAGGGUAAUGAAUAGUAGGUUAGUGGGGUUGAAACCCCUAGCUAUAUAGGAUGCUCUAUCACCUUGCCUUAAGACCAAUAGGGCCUUCUGGUUCUAAUACAGUCAAACUAAAUCUGGCUUUGACACUAAUUUUACUGGUCCCAAGGAAACUAUUAACCAGCCAUACUCCACUAGUGAGGGGUCUACAAGAUCCUGAGCACACACCAUCCCCAUAGCAUAUUUCACUCUAGAAAUUAUAUAUUUUCCCUAUGUCUUGCACACCAAUGUAAUCAGUUCUGUAGUACUUGUAUCAAAUAUUGUAAAUAACAUAUGUAUAUAAACAUGAAGGUUUGUAAUGUCUAAAUCUGAGUAUCUGGUCUAUCCUUCCUUCCCAGAGGUCCUGUAGUAAACCAAGAAGAUCUUCAUGAUGCCUUGACAAGUGGGCAGAUUGCCGCUGCUGGCCUGGAUGUUACAACUCCUGAACCUAUUCCAACAGAUCAUCCCCUACUCAGCCUGAAAAACUGUGGUAUGUUAUUUUAUAUUCAUAAACUUUGUAUGGUUUCUUUCAAAGUGAUCUAGGAGGAGGGAUUUAUAACCAACUCUGCAACAGUCCAUCCACUAGCUUAUGGAAACUUGUGUACAUUUUAAUUUAAAAAUAAAUUUUAGUUAACUUAAAAGCUGCAGGGGAUUAGGUGGACAUUGCUGGUAUUUGAAGAAACAGUAGGACAACUCUGUAAAAUAAAAUCCAUUAAUAUAUAAUAUAUUUUAAUGUUGGAAGUUUUAGUUCUUCUGGUUAGGUAAGCAAUAACUUCAGGUCAAGAAGGUGGAAAGCCUUUCCUCUACAGACAUUGUAAUGAUGGAUUAGAAACCAUUGCAUGCACUUGUGCAAAGUACACAUCACAUCUCCAGUUUAUGAUUAACAUGUUCUGUUCUUCACAGUGAUUUUACCCCAUAUUGGAAGUGCCACGCUCGAUGCAAGAAAUGCAAUGUCUGUCCUGACCGUAAAUAAUCUGCUGAAAGGCCUAGCUGGAGAGCCAAUGCCCUGUGAAGUAAAACUGUAACAAUGCCAGGAUGUCGUCAGGACAAACUUCCAUCCCUAGAAAAUUACUUUCAAGACGUUCUGUA